CUCAAAAUAUAGAAUUGUUCGUUUGCCCAAGUUUAUAGAUCACUUAUCUGAAUUCAUAAUAAAUUGCAUAAUAAAUUGCAACGGCUUGCUUCGGAUAUGUCAACCACUGCUUCUUCUUUAGUUCCAUCCGAUGUUGUUUCUCAACUGAAUCAAGUUUUAUCGAGCUUGGUCUCUAAUAAUAACGAUCUUCGUUCAAGUGCAGAAAGACAAUUGAACGAACAGUGGAUCACUCAGCAGCCAGAAUUACUACUACUUUCAUUAGCACAGCUUGGAAGAGCACAUGAAGAAACUCACGGUCGUUCCUUUUCAUUCGUUCUAUUACGGAGAAUCGCAUUCAAACAGGCACCAAAUCAAGCCUCAAAACUUGAUGAUAUAACUAUUUGGGACCGUCUUCAAGAACAAAGUAGGCAAGCUAUCAAAACUGAAUUAUUAAUGUCUUUAUCGAUAGAACGGGAGAAUACAGUACGUCACAAAGUCUGCGACGCUGUCUCUGAGGUAGCUAAAAAUUCAUUCCUAAAAGGACAAAAGUGGAAUGAACUUCUUCCAGCACUUAUUGAAGCAAGCGAAUCACCUAAUGCAGAACAUCGCGAAGCUGCUUUACGUAUAUUUUCUGCGGUUCCUAAUCUUCUCACCGACUUACCAAUAAAUGAAGUUAAACAAGUAUUUUUAGUCAAUUUACAAGAUGCUAAUAACGCGGCUAUACGUAUGGCCUCUUUGAAAGCUGCAGUCGCUUUCAUGUUAGAAACAGAUCAUCAAAACAGAAGCUCUUUUGCCGAAUUGAUGCCACAGAUGUUAGAGGUGCUUUCUCCACUUAUAGCGCAACGCGAUGAAGAUGGCUUAGCAGAUGGCAUUAUGGUGUUCAUAGAACUCGCGGGAAAUUUACCAAGGAUAUUUAAGCAAGUACUCCCUAACGUCAUGCCUUUUACUAUCAAUAUUGUGAAAGACAAAACUUUUGAAGACGGUACUCGUCAAACAGCUCUUGAACUCCUACUCACAUUAUCCGAGGCCUCUCCAUCCAUGAUGCGCAAGACUCAAGACUUUUGCGCGCAAAUCAUUCCCAUUUCCUUGGAGAUGAUGACAGAAUUAGAUGACUCUGAGGAUUGGUAUACAACGGAUGAUCUUGAAGAUGAUGAUAAUGAUGAAAAUUAUGUUAUCGGUGAACAUGCGAUGGACAGAUUGGCACGUAAUCUUGGUGGAAAGGCUAUUCUUCCAAUUACUUUCAAUUAUAUUCCUUCAAUGUUGGGUUCUGAAAGAUGGGAACAGCGACACGCUGCUCUUAUGGCAAUUUCCGCGAUCGGCGAAGGAUGUGUUAAGAUUAUGGAAGCUGAGUUAGGAAAAAUAUUAGAAUUGAUAUUGCCGUAUCUUAGAGAUCCACAUCCUCGUGUAAGAUACGCCGCAUGUAAUGCUAUUGGUCAAAUGUCAACAGACUUUCAAGAUACUCUUCAGAGGAAGUUUCAUCAAAUGGUCCUUACUAACUUAAUUCCUGUUAUGGAUGCUCCUGAACCAAGAGUACAAGCUCACGCUGCUGCCGCUUUAGUAAAUUUCUGUGAGGCUGCUGAUAAAUCAAUUCUUGAGCCAUAUUUGGAUACUAUUUUUGAAAGACUUUUGGUCCUUCUCAAUUCAGGAAGAACUUACGUACAAGAGCAGGCUAUUACAUCUAUAGCUACCGUUGCUGACAGCGCUGAAGAAAGAUUCGUUAAAUAUUAUAGCUCCAUUAUGCCUUUGUUGAUAAAUGUACUAAGAAAUGCAACUCUAAAAGAAUAUCGAUUGUUACGUGGUAAAGCUAUGGAAUGUGCUAGUCUCAUUGCUUUGGCAGUUGGCAAAGAAAUUUUCACUCCAAAUUCUGAAGAAUUUAUUGCAUUAUUGGCCCAGACCCAACAAUCGGUUACUGAAUCUGACGACCCUCAAAUAUCAUAUCUUAUCGCUUCUUGGGCUAGAGUGUGUAAAGUACUUGGCGAGGGCUUUGUACCUUAUUUGUCAAUAGUUAUGCCUCCCUUGCUACAAUCUGCACAAUUGAAACCAGACUUUGCUGUUAUAGAUCCUGAUGAUGAUAUCGAAUCCAAAUAUUCAGCCGAAGACGGUUGGGAUUUUAUUGGAGUAGAAGGACAGCAAAUCGGUAUUAAAACUACUGUAUUAGAAGAAAAGUGUACAGCAGUGGAAAUGCUUAUUUGCUACGCACGAGAACUCGGUCCUGCAUUUCGGCCAUACGUUGACGAGGUUAUGAAAAUUGUUUUACCUUUAUUGAAGUUUUAUUUUCACGAAGGUGUACGAAAUGCAGCAGCCGCGACUAUUCCGCACCUUAUUAACGCUAUCAAGAAAUCACCUGAUGCUAAUCAGGAUACUAUAUUAAAUAUGUGGCAUUCGAUCGCAGAAAAAAUAAUUGAAGUUAUGAAUGGUGAAGCUGAUCCGGGCUUUUUGUGGCAUAUUUAUGUCACUUUCUAUGAGUCUUUGGAAAUAGUUGGUGAUAAUAGUCUUAACGCUUCUUUGUUAGAAGAGUUUACAACAGCUACUGAAUCUCAAUUGCAAGAAUUCUAUCAGAGACUAAAGCAACGCGAACAAGCUAGGCAAAGUGGUGAUUAUGAUGCUGAAGAUGAAGAGAUUAUAAAUGAAGAAGAAGAAACUGAAGAAAGUGUUCUUGGUGAACUCUCAAAAACUUUGCACGUUGUAUUGAAGACUCACGGAACAUCUUAUCUUCCGUCAUUUGAUAAGUUGCUGCCAAUUGUGACUUUAUUUUUGGCUGAUGCCAAUCCAGCCGCUCGUCAAUGGGCUUUAUGUGUUUUAGAUGAUAUUGUUGAAUUUACUGGUCCAGCAUCAUGGAAUUAUCAUACUCAUUUUUUGGAAAAAAUGAUCGCAUCUUUGUUAGAUAUAGCUUCCGAUGUUAGGCAAGCUGCUGCUUAUGGCAUUGGUGUAUGUGCACAAUUCGGUGGUGAAAAUUAUGCAGACGCUGUCGCAGCUGCAUUAACACCUUUAUUCCAAGUCAUAAACUCCGAGGAUUCACGGAAAGAAGAAAACGUUUAUGCGACAGAAAAUGCAAUAUCUGCAAUUACCAAAAUUCUGAAAUUCAAUAAUAGUAAAUUUGAUGUUAAUGCAGUAAUUCCUAUAUGGCUUAACAGUUUACCCAUACGUUAUGAUGAAGUGGAGGCAGCAUUGACUUAUACUUAUUUGUUAGAUUUAUUAGAAUCUCAACAUCCCGCAAUUUUGGGCAAUAAUAAUGAAAAUUUUCAUAAUAUCAUCUUAAUCUUCAUAGAUGUACUUGCUUCGGCGAUAUUACCCGAAGCAGUUUCCACAAGAAUGGUUUCUGCAGUAAAAAUUAUGCUAAGUAACCUUCCAGAAAAUACCAAAACAUCAUUAUGGAAUUCUAUCGAUCCUGAAAAACGGAAUGCCUUACAGGAGAUGAACUACUUUUAAAGAUCUUAUCAUUGUUAGUCAUAAAAUUUUAUUAUAUAUUGAGUAUAUUGAGUAUACUGUAUGUACGUUUUUUUCUUUACCUUAUUUUUUUUACAUUCGAUAGAAACUUAAUGAACAACUUUGUAGAAAUUAAUUGUAUGAAUAACAUAAAUUUAUGAUUUUUAGUCUUAUCAAAAAUCUCUAUGCAUAUAUAUUUAAUUACAGAAAAAAUUUCUAUUUAUUAUGUUUUUUUUAAUUAAAAGUAUUAUUGUA